AAAAGAAAAAAUGAGGGCAAAGGGGAAGGUUUCUCCCUCCCAAGGAAGACACUCACAGUAAGGAGUGAGGGAGGACACAUGUUUCAAUCAGCCACUCUGUUAUGCAAAAUCUCAAGAAUUACUACUUUUAUUGUUAUGGCUCCAAAACCCCAACGCUUUCGUCAAUCAUUUGGUAAUAGCUCGUUGAAUGAUUCUGUAAAGAAAGCCAGGACCAUCUGCUCCGCCGCUGACUCCGACGACUCGUCUAAUUCUACAAUGAAAGAGGCCUUCUCCAGUUAUACCCAAUACCUUAAUAACCUCGUACGUUUAUUUUCCACCUCUCUAUUUACUUCAUUGAUAUGUGCAUCUACAGGGGAAGGAAAAAAAAAAAAACAAAUUCGUAACUUGGGUUUGGUUUAUUAAGUAUUCUCUUUUGAUAUAUGAAUUGCAUUGAGAACACCUUGAAUGUUAAUGCGGGGUUUUCGAAAUUUCUUCUUUCGUACUUUAUGUAGUGUUUGAGCAGAAGUCCAUGCUUAAAGGGGGUUUCUUUUUCAUUUUAUGUGUGGUUUUGCUUGAAUUUGUGUUUGGCCUGUCUGUGUCACUGAGAAGAAGAAAUAAUGGUAAUGGACAGGACAGAGAUAGAAUGAGUAACUAUGUGCUGGUUGGCGCUUGUUUUUUAUUUUCCUUACAAAUGGACGCCAAUGUUAGUUUGUAUGUUCUACAUUAAAAUGGAUUGUGAUCACUUACUAUCCAGAGCUGUUAGUAAUGCAUCGACAAUGGAACUUCUUAGUGGUUACUCGAAGAUUUCUAAUUUUCAUGCAAGCUGUUUAGAACAAGCCGCCUAAGUGCUAAGCCUUUUUAUUUGAAAGUUUACUAUUUUUAUUUCCUCUGGUUAUUUGGAGUAUUAAGGAUCAGGAGAUCAUAAGUAGUAUGCUGGACCUCUGAUUAGUGUCCUGGACGGAUAGAUGAAGAGCUUUUCUUUUUGCUCAUCCUGAUGUUCAGUGCAUUACUAUGAGGCUUAUACAUUGGCACAUGCUGUCAAUGGCCCUUUGCUUAUGGAAUUCAUUUUAGAGAAAUGAGUUUUAAUUCAAUGCUAUGUAUUAGUUCCCUUGCGAGGACCAUCAUAAAUCUCACAACAUUUUCUGGUAUCUGAGGUUUUAUUUAUCACUGAUAGAGACAUGUUUAUCGUAGUUCAUAAUUAUUCAUCUUCAACCAAGAGUAUAUUAUUUUUUAUACUUAACUCCGGUAGAUGAGGAAAUGGGAAGAAUACCCUUAAAGUAGUUUGGAUAUAUUAGGAGACUUCAUAUUGCAAUAAAUGAUAAGUCUAAAUGGCUAAUUGUUAUUGUUUUCUUGCUUUAUGCAUUUUACAAUAGUAUCUUUUGGUUCCAAUGUUAUAGUUUCGAUUAACAUUGUUACUGUUAUAUCCUAUUAAAAGACAUAUAAUAUUGUCCCUUAGAAAACAGGCCACUGCAUCAACCUCACUUGUAAUGCCUAAAUUAUAAAGGGUCGGCAUCACAGUAAAGAGUGAAAGUAAAUAUUUCUGUGCAUGCUUCAGAAUAAAUCUACUCCCAUAGCUCUCAAAGAUUCUCUGAAUUGUUUUAUUUUCAUGUGGAACAAGAAUGAAAAACGAGAAAGAGUGGUGAAAGCAAGUCGUGACAUCACCAUGAAUAGCAAGAAGGUCAUAUUUCAGGUUCACAGAAUUAGCAAACAGAACAAGGAGGAAGUUCUUGCAAAAGCAGAAAAAGAUCUUGCAGCUGUGAAGGAUCAGUACAUUGGCCGACUUGUACAGGAACUUCAAGGUUCUGAUUUCUGGAAGCUGAGACGGGCAUAUUCUCCAGGGGUUCAAGAAUAUGUUGAAGCUGCAACGUUUUGUACUUUCUGCAAAACUGGGUCUCUUUUGGACCUCGAUGAGAUGAAUGCGACAUUAUUACCACUUAAUGAUCCAUCUAUUGAGCCUUUGCAAAUUAACAUCCUUGACUACUUGCUUGGGCUUGCAGACUUGACUGGUGAGCUGAUGAGGUUGGCUAUUGGUAGAAUCUCGGAUGGUGAAGUUGAGUUUGCUGAGAGUAUCUGUAAGUUUGUUCGUGAAAUCUACAGGAAGCUGACUGUUCUUGCCCCCUUAAUGGAUGACAGUUAUGACAUGAAAACAAAAAUGGACACCAUGCUACAGAGUGUUAUGAAAAUUGAGAAUGCUUGUUUCAGUGUUCAUGUAAGAGGAUCGGAGUAUAUUCCACUUCUUGGAUCUGCUGAUCCUAGUUAUGCACUCAUUGGUGUUGGUGAUUAUGAAUGAUAUGGUGGCUACCCAACAUUACUAAUGGGAAAAAAGAAGUUACUGGAUCGGAUGAAAUACUGUUUUGCACAUAAUUACCUACUAGCUCAUGGUAAAGUUCCUCUUUCAUUCAGUGUACUGUAUUGAACUAGCAGAGAUUUUGAUGUGAAAUGUUUUGCUGUAGUAUUCCAUCAGUUAUAAUUAAGUUCCUGAUGUAAUGUAUGAACACCCUUUCCGCUUCUUUUCUUUAGCUUGGAAGUAGGAAGUAGUGAUGCAAAAUGGCAAAAUUGUCCGAUGCUCCUAGUCUUCUAUCGAAUGAAAACCAUUUCGACACAUUAACCUUUUGCUACUACUAUCUGCCGGGCUUCAUUUCAUCAGGGAUUCUGGGGGGAUAAAACACUGGUGUAUGAUGUGUUUGUUAUGAUUCAAAUUUGUUGACAG